AUGAAUCAUCGCAAAAGCGAUCUUUGGACUGGCGCCGAUUGCUACGAUGCGGACGAUGAGCUUCAUGAGCGGGCGACCUCGUUCUAUGCCAGUGUUAAUUGUGACUCGGUUGCCGCGCACUGCAUCCUGCUAAGAGAUGGAGUGCCGUGCACAUUAAGCGACAACUACUCGAUUGGCCACUCCAACCUGGUGCGCCAGAUAGUCUUCCAGGACGGCGUGACCUGGGUCGUCCGUCUACGGUUGCCUGACUUGCCGACUACACUCGGCAACCGCGAGACGAUCACAGGUACAGAGGCUCUAGAGAUUGAGGUUGCUAGUAUGAAAUAUCUGUCAUCUCGGACGUCGAUUCCUGUACCAACACUGCGCGAUUGGUCCCUGGACUGUGAUAAUGCACUCGGGACGCCCUACAUCAUCAUGGAUUACAUCGAUGGUCUAGUGGCAACUGAAAUGAGGAGCCAGAAAGGAUGCCCACCGUCCAUGGUUGGUUCGCCGGAACAGGAUGAGCGCUUUCAAAUACAGAUGGCUUCGAUCCAGUUCGAGAUGGCCUCCUGUCGGUUCAGCAAAAUCGGCUCCUUGACCUGGGACCCUCAGAACGACGACUUCGAUAUUGGGCGCGAACUUGUAACAGGCAAAGGUCCGUGGACCUCGUCCAAGGAGUACUUCCAGGAUGCUGCUAGUGAUGCCUUCGAGAAGUGCUUGACCGAUCCCGAGCAUGAGCUUCACAUGUCAAGAUCGUUGACUCUUCCACUCUGUCUAACGAAUCGAGACUUCGGUGCACACAACCUUCUAGUGAACGAUGACUUCCAGAUCGUCGCUAUGAUCGACUUCGAUGGCAUCAUGGCUGCUCCCGUGGAACUGGCGGCCCAAUUCCCCUCGCUGACGGGCCUACAACGGGAAGCCCCAGGCUACGUACCUACGAACCGCUUCGCCAUCGAGCGUGUCGGGAUGGCAAAGCCGAAGCUGACACAUUAUCGGGACUUGCUCAUAGAGCUCGAGGCGCAAGCUAUGACAGCCGCCCGGGAUUCGGUCGCAGACUCUGAGGAGACGGAGGCUUUGGCUAGCGCUGGGUUCCCUUCUGCACCUAUCACGCCACUUUCCAUGGGUGGACGCCUUUUUUCCGACAUUGCUAGUAUUGUACAGGGGUUGGGUGCCUAUGCUAGUCGCCAGGAACACGUUAACGACCUCUAUAUGGAUUUAUAUCUCAAGCUGCUUAAGGAGAAGGGAUUGCACAAGAGGCAGUGA